AUGAAGGACAAGCUAGAGGGGACCAAUGCUAAAUUUAAGGCUGCCGCUGACAAGCGCUGCAUUGUGAAGUUGUUCCAAGAAAGAGACAUUGUGAUGGUUUACUUGAGGAGAGAACGUUUCCUAGUUGGUAUCUACAACAAACUGAAUCCUCUGAAGUAUGGCCCUAUAAAGUUCUGCAUAAAAUAA